AGUUUAAAGGAAUGGUGUGUGACCGUCGUAGAUAAGGCACGCCUUCUUUGCCCAUUCGACCAACGGAAACGAGGGUCGAGAGGAAUGGCGAUGGCAUGCGGCCCCGUCGCGCCGCUCCUUCCGUGCCCCGUGCGGCCCCUCCGCCGCCUGCCGUUUGUGUCUCCCUUCUUUUGCUCUUCUUCCUCCUCCUUCUCUUCUUUCUCCUUCCCUCGCUUCUUUCCUAUACGACCGGCAUCAAGAGCCAAGGGGGUCGUCGCCUCCCGCCGUAGCCCCGAUCAGGAGCCAGAAGCCGGAAGAGGGGACGAUUUCGUGGUCGUCAGCUUCUAUAAGUUCGUCGUCAUCGAAAACCCUCAGGCUGAGGUCGCCAGGCACCUCGCCUUCCUCCAGGGACGGGAUAUUCAUGGUCGCAUAUACGUCAAUGAGCAAGGGAUUAAUGCACAGUAUAGUGGUCCAAAUGAAGAUGCUCUGGCCUAUGCAGAUUGGGUUAAGGAGGAUCAGAGGUUUUCAGAUAUUCUGGUCCAGGUUUCAGCAGCUUCUCAUGGGCAUGCUUUUCCACGGUUGAAACUGCGGUAUAAACCCUCACUUGUACAGUUGGAAGGAGGUGUUUCUCACCUUCCUUUGGUAGAUCCUUCUAUGCGAGCUUACCCACUGACUCCAUCUGAUUGGAGAAAAAGAUUGCUAUCCGUGAACAAUGUCAGCAGACCAACACGUGAGUCAGACGGGCAGGUCUCUGAUAGGAAAUGUCUACUGCUGGAUGUGAGAAAUGGCUAUGAAUGGGAUGUUGGACAUUUUCAAGGAGCACAAAGACCUAACGUGGAUUGUUUUAGGAGCACCUCCUUUGGGCUUUCAGAACAAGAGGUAGCCUCUUCAGAUCCUUUAGCUGGAAUUGACAAGGAACAUACUGAUAUACUGAUGUACUGCACAGGUGGCAUAAGAUGUGAUGUGUAUUCCACAAUUCUUAGACAAAAGGGUUUCCAAAACUUGUACACAUUAAGCGGGGGUGUCUCUAAUUAUCUCAAGAAUGAAGGUUCAGCUGAAUGGGUUGGGAACCUGUUUGUUUUUGAUGGGCGUCUGUCCUUACCACCUUCUACCUACAAACCAGGAGCCAACACCAAUGCCGCUGCAAGACCUAAUAUGGUGCACAAAAACAAUACAUUUGCAAGAUGCUACAUAUGUGGAUCAGAGUUUCUUGAAUUCAGGCAUCGCAACUGUGCAAAUAUUGAUUGCAACCGGCUCUUUUUGUCAUGUAGCUCUUGUGUGACACAAUUAAGCGGGUGCUGUUGUUUGCACUGCACAUCCGCUCCUCGACUUAGACCUGUACUAUGUGGUCAUCAGAGAUACCAGAAAUGGCACAUGUAUCGUGAUGGGGAGUAGCAGAGGAAUUCAAAUAGCUUGUCUGCAUUUUGCAGUGUUAAGCUGUUCAAAUCCAUACCUUGAUCAAAGAAGUGAAGACCAGGUCAUUAAUUAUGACAAAGGCACCAUAAUUAUCAUAUCCUUUCAGUCCUAAAAUGAGCAAAAGAUGGCUUUUUUUGGGGUUGUAAUUUGGAAGGUUUGUAUUACCAUGGCCAUUUGUUGCACCAUAAUUGCAUGCUUCUCAGGAAUGGCUGUUUCAAGA